AUGUAUCCCGCUCAUAGAAUAACUAUAGACAGGAGCCAAAGGUGUUUUCUGGGACCGGCAACACCGUUGGUUAUCAUCAUUUACCUUAAACAAGCUUUAGAAUGCAGGGGACGUCUCAGCCACAUCAUAAACGAUCCUCCUAGCAUCACGGACCCCAAUUACAGAACAUGGAAGCAGAAGGAAUCGAUAGUUCUGUCAUGGAUUAUCUCAAAUAUCGACAUCGACCUCAUAAACCAGUUAUUAGACUACAAAAUUGCAAGGGACUUAUGGAGAGGGAUUGAAGUUCUAUUGAGCAGUGGAAGGGACAAACUCCAGAUCUUUGAUCUGAGUUCGCAAGCCAACAGUUUAAAACAGAAUCAAGACCCUUUGGAGGUCUUCUGUGGAAAACUUACCACAAUCUGGAAAGAAAUGGACCGACGGCAACCGAACCCGAUGAUACAUGCUGAAGAUAUCACAAUCUUCAACACUUUCAUUCAAAAGAAACGAUUAUUCCAGUUUUUGGCCGGGAUUUAUGAUACUUUUGACAAAGAAAAAAGAGAUUUGUUAAAUCAAGACCCACUCCUAACAAUUAAAAUGGCCUAUACUACAAUUAGGCGUGAAAUCUCAAGGCUUGGGAUUAUGAACCACACUUCAUCACCGGGAAAAAUUCCCUCAGAAAUAGGGAGUGGGUUGGCCGUUAAACGCCGGUCGGAUGUCUCAUUCCGGUGCGAUAUGGAGGACAAAACUCACCUGAGAUGUAGUCACUGUGAAGGAAGUCGUCACACAAAGGAGGGAUGUUUCAAAUUAACCGACUUCUCGGAGUGGCGGGAGGAACACCGGCAAAGGAAAGCCGCCACCAAGGUUCAGUCAGCUAGAACCAGCGGCAAGGCUCACUUGGUCACCGGUGUUCCCCCUCCCACCAGCAAACCAACCCACUACACAGAGACAAAGGAAGACAUUAAUGGCGUCGAAGGUGAAACAGAAAAGAGAAAAGGAGACGGACCAGAAGAGAGAGAAAGGGGGAAGGGUCUAGAAACAACACAGCCCUCAAAACACUCCCAAUCCCGCCCAUUUAUACCACAACACUCCCAUAACCCUAAGCCCACAAAUAACCAUCGGCCCAUUUAUAAAUCCACCCAUAAUCUCACAACACCCAAAACCUCAUGUGACACCCAUAAACUUGGUCUCUUAUAUAAACCUUGUUUUUCAUCCCAAUGGAUAUUUGAUUGCGGGGCCACUGAUACUAUGACUUUUGACCCUUGUGAUCUUUUAUCCACUAAUCCCAAAACCCGCACCUACAUUCAAACAACUAAUGGGGAGUGUGAUGCUCAGACAGGGAGGAUUAUUGGUCGUGGUACUGAACGAGAUGUUUUGUACUAUGUGGACGAGGCGAUUCAAACGGGUCACACUUUGCUUGCCCAUGGGUUCUCUGAUCAUCAGUUAUGGACUUGGCAUCGACGUCUAGGACAUCCAUCAUUAGAGUAUCUGAAACGUCUUUUUCCGACAUUAACUAAAAGUAAUAUAGUCUUGCAUUGUGAAGCUUGUGUCCUUGCGAAAAGUCACAAACAUUCUUACUCUCCUAGUUCUAAUCAUAGUAGUGAACCUUUUGUUUUGAUACAUUCUGACUUUUGGGGCCCUGCUCCUGAGUUUAGUAAACAAAGUUAUUCAUAUUUUGUUUCAUUUAUUGAUGAUUGUACUAGAAUGUGUUGGAUAUAUUUCUUGAAACACAAAUCUGAGGUUUUUGAUGUUUUUGUCAAGUUUUAUUAUAUGAUUGUCACGCAAUUUAAAGCUAAACCUCAAAUACUUCAAUCAGACAAUGGGGGGAAUACAUGA